CAAGGGGUGCCAGAGAGGCUCCUACCCCUGACUUCCACUCAUCAGGAUUCCUUCUUCCAAAGCCCUGUUAUCUGAGGCCUAAGGCCCCAGAAAGAGGCAAGAAGUCAAUUUCAGAUACCCCCCCAGCUCCGCCUCUUCCCCCCCUCCACCCCACCCAGCCAGCUCAGCUUCCUCUCUGUGAGGAAAUACUUUCACUUCCUGCUCCUUCAGGCCUCCCCUCGGAGAACAGGUAGGGGCCCCCAGGGACCCAGCAGCUGGCAUGGUUAUCCCCCUGUGCCACCUUUGGUAUUAAGCAGCUCCCCAUCCUGCUCUGCCCAGCACCAACCACCUCCUCCUCCCCUCUCAUGGGACCCAGGUGAGCACCUGCCUCCUUCCCCCACCCCUCUUGCCUGCUCCUCCCUGGACAGGGCACCUGCUCUGGUUCCCCCUUCCUAACACCGUGGGCUUCUGGUCAGCGGGCUGGUUGAUUUGUUAAGCUGUUUAUUAUCCAUCUUCUCUACCCGCCCCAAGAAGAUGGAUGCCCCCUGAGAGCAGGCCUAUUCUGUCCCCAGGCCACAGGCACCUAAUUCUGGGCCUGUACUCAAUAUUUGUGGGAUGCAUGGAUGCCUGAAUGCAUGGACCCAGGUCUCCUGCACCUGGGAGUGCUACAGGGGAAAUGUUCAAAAAUGCCCACUAUAGGACUCUGUACCUGGUUAAGAGUUGGGGUCCGAUGGACAGAUAGAGGGAUGUCUAUGUGAGAAAGCAAAGAUUAAAAUAAUGGUAGAAUCUAGGUAGUGGGCAUAUGGGAGUUCCCUAUAAAUUAUUUUCUGUUAUUUUUUUUAAUGUUUGAAAUUUUUCAUAAAAAAAAAAUAAUGGGACAAUAUUUGAGGGCCCUCUGUGGUCUGGGAAGUGUGGAGGAGGGGAAAUUGUAUAACUUUUGUCUCAUGGAUCCUAACUAGGCACUGGGUCUUGGCUAGGCUUGUUACUCAACUGGUCCACAUUCACACGGCUGCACUGGAUAUUAAAACCUGAAAUAUUUCCCUACCAUUUGGUAAAUGUUUGUCAUUUUGAGUCCUCUCCCUCUCCCCCUACCCCAAGACACACUGCCCUUCCUCCUGGCAUGCCCAGAGCACACCGCCAUCCAGUGGUGAAGAAUUCACACCUGGCACAGCAAGGAGCCGUAGGUCCAUUCCAAUUGGUCAGGGUCUCUGCCAUGUUGGUUGUAAAUAUUUUGAACAUAAUCCCUGAACUAGAGCAGCCUUGAGCCUUAUCUUCCUCCCUGCCAGAGGCCAGGCCAUGGCUUGCUGGCCUCCUACAUCCUGAGGAUGGCUCAGCCAGAGGACCAAGCCUUGGCAUGCCCCACCAAUGGGGAGAGGCUUUCCUUUCCUACCCUUGAUCCCACCUCAGUGUCCAACUGCCCAUCUCUGACCCCUGGUCUCCUGGACCCUGCACUUCCCAGACUGGUCCCAUCACAGGAGAAUGGAGCAGGUGAGACCUGCUUAGGGGUUCUCAGGGCCCCAGAGCCACUUCUUCGACUGCAGAGGACCUGGGGAGUGUGGCAGAUCCCAGAGCUGGAUGCCCCAGCUGCAGAAGCCCUUUUGGAGCUGUGGCCACCUGGGAGUUUUCUGGUCACAGGACAUGAACCCAGCCAGGUCCUGGUGUUGAGAACAGGACCUUCACCAGGGGAAGUCAACACCUACCAGAUCCAGAAGCUUCCUGGAGGUGUGUCUCUGGAAUCCUCUCACCUCUGCAUGCCAGACCUGCCCCAUCUCCUGGCCUUCCUGUCAGCCAGCAGGGAUGUUUUGCCCAGAACACUGCUCUUGCCCCCUCCCACUCUAGGGUCUGGAGAACAACACACAGAUACUCUGCAGAAUGGCAGUGUCCAACUCAACACCUCAGAGAGGAUGAUCUCUGUGGUGAACAAGCUCUACCUGGAGACCCACAGAGGGCAAGGGAUGAUAUCUCCCCCAGAGACAGCUCCAGAGACUACCAAGAUAAGUGAUCCAGCCCCCAGGAACACCGCCCCUCAUCGAGUCUCUUGGGUGGAAGGCCCGCUCAGCCCAGAAGUACACCAUCCUGGGCCAGCUCUGGCCAGCCUGGGGGAGGAGGAGGACUACCAAGAAGAAGGACCUGGGGAUGUGCUUACUAGUCAUGUCCAGGCUCUGGCCAGGGCCCGGAGCAGCUAUGUGGCCAGGCAGUUCCGAGGCCUUCAGGCACGCCUCACAUCAGAAGCUGAGGGCCCCCACAGGCCUGGGGACCCCGCCACCGAGCUGCUCCAGGAUGUGCGGCACCUCCUUACUGACCUCCAGGAUCACUUAGCAACGGACCCCAAUGUCAGGGCUAUCUUUGGGAGCAGAGGGCCUGGGGUCCCCCAGAAGAACGAGGAUCUUGGCCCCGCGGUGGAGGCAGCCUUGUGCCGGGCAGUGCUGGCGCCGCUGAUGCCGGCCCUGUGGACACGACUCCGCACGCUCAGGGCCCCAGAGCUGAGGCGACUGCGGAGGCAACAAAUAGCCCUGCGGGCGGGGGCUGGGCCUCCCGGAGCUCAGGGGGCUGGGCCUGAGGGACAGGGCCCCGCCCCCACCCUGCGGAGCCGCAUCCACUCACGCCUCCGGCACCUCCACGCUGCCUGUGCCCCACGCCGCAAGGUGGCGUUGCUGCUGGCGAUGUGCAGGGACAUCUACGAGGGCCUGGCUUCGGGUGAGAAACAAGAGCCCCUGGGCGCAGACGCCUUCCUGCCGGCGCUGACUGAGGAGCUUAUCUGGAGUCCGGACAUCGGGGAGACACAGCUGGACGUGGAGUUUCUUAUGGAGCUCCUGGAUCCUGAAGAGCUACUGGGAGAAGUUGGUUACUACCUGACCACGUGGUUUGGGGCCCUGCACCACAUCGCCCACUAUCAGCCCGAAGCUGGACGAGCGCCACAGGAGCUCAGUUCCGAGGCCAGUGCCUCCCUGUGCCAGUGGCAUCGCAGGCGAACGCUACAAGGACAGGGCCACUCCAGACCCCAGGCUGAUCUGCCCUUUGAAGAACCUUGGGAAAUACAGACUGGGCCAAGAGACCAAUGAUGAAUAGGGAUCUCAAACCUUUCUGCUCUUCAAGCAAGACGCAGAGGCACCUGUUGUUCAGGAGCAGCAAGGAAGAGGAGGUCCCAGGAAAAGGGAAUGGCUUACCUUGGGGUCUUUGCAUUGGCUGUUCCUGCUUCCUGGAAUGCCCUUCCCUAAUAUCCACACUGUCCCUUCCCUCCCUUCCUUCAGAUCUUGAGGCAGAUUUCACAGUCUCAGGGAGGUUCUCUCAGACACAACUGUCUGCAACUAUAACUCCUCUCCCUUGACCUCCCUGUGGAAGGCAGAAUAAGGCACCCCCCACCUCCUCCAAUGUCCUCUUCCUAGUACCCAGAAUCUGUGACUAUGUUACUUUACAUGGUAAAAUGGAUGUUAUAGAUGCGAUUAAAGAUUUUAAGGUGGGGAAGUUAUCCUGGAAUCUAGUGGGUCCAAUAUCAUCACAAGGGUCCUUAUAAGAGGGAGGCAGGAGGUUCAGAGUCAGAGGAAGAGAUGUGAUGAUGCAAGCAGAGGUUGGAGUAAAGGCCAGGAGCUAAAGAAAGCAGGCACCCUCUAGAAGUUGAAAAAGACAAGGAGUGGAUGUUCCCCUGGAACCUCCAGCAGAAAUUCACCCUUUGAUUUUAGACCCCUAAGAUCUAGUUUGGACUUCUGACCUUCAGAACUGCAAGAUAAUAAAUUGGUGUAGAUUUUGUUAAGCCACUAAGUUUGUGGUAAUUUGUUACAGCAUCAGCAGGAAACUAAUACACCCUACCCUGAUCUGAAAUUGAACCUCCUGGUUCAUAGGUAGAUGCUCAACCACUGGGUU